CAUCGGCCGCCAUCUUGAAACCUGGACUUUUCUGCCUUUGAGCAGCCAUCUUGAAACCUGGCUGCCUCCUCCCCUUUCAAACAGCCAUCUUGAAAUCUGGAUACUGUUCCCCUUUGAGUCGCCAUUUUGAAACCUGGAAUCUGUUCCUCUUUGAGCCGCUUGCUUGCUAACUGGACUCUUUUCCCCCCUUUGAGCCGCCAUCUUUAAACCUGGAAUCUGUGCCACCUUUCAGCCGCCAUCUUGAAACCUGGACUUUUCUUCCUUUGAGCAGCCAUCUUGAAACCUGGAAUCUAUUCCUCUUUGAGCCGUUCUCUUGAAACCUGAACUUCCAUCAACUCCCUUCUAUACUGGUUGAGAGCGGCAGCCCGAAAGCGUUGGGCCAUCUUUCCUGUUGCCAAGGAGACAUUUUCGAGGUUCAGACCCCAAAUCUCCAGCCGCAGAGUCCAUCUCAUGGCCUCCAAGCCGCUCGUUGCGGUCUGCCAAGUGACCUCCACUCCGGACAAGGAGCGCAACUGGGCCUCGUGCUCCCGUUUCGUGCGGGAAGCGUCCGGUCGCGGGGCCUGCGCCGUCUUCCUCCCCGAAGCCUUCGAUUUCAUCGGGAAAAGUACCGAGGAGACGCUGAGUCUGGCCGAGCCGCUGGGAGGGGAGUACGUGCGGCGUUACGCCAAGCUGGCCAGGGAGUGCGGGGUCUGGCUCUCCCUGGGCGGCUUCCACGAACGGGGUGGUGACUGGGAGAGCACCAAGCGCAUCUACAACAGCCACCUUCUCCUGGAUGCCAAAGGGACCUUGGUGGCCGCCUAUCGGAAGACGCACCUCUUUGACGCGGAGCUGGAAGGACGGGUCUCCCUGAAGGAGAGCGCCUACACGAACCCGGGGUUGGAGAUCGUGGCCCCGAUAGACACUCCAGCCGGGAAAGUUGGUCUCGCCACCUGUUACGACCUCCGCUUUCCGGAGAUGUCACUUGCUCUGGCACAGGAAGGGGCGGAGAUUCUCACCUAUCCGUCUGCCUUCACUGUGACGACCGGGUCCGCCCAUUGGGAGCCCCUCCUUCGCGCCAGGGCCAUCGAGACCCAAUGUUACGUCAUUGCGGCGGCGCAAACGGGGGCUCACCACGACCGCCGCGCCUCCUACGGCCACAGUAUGGUGGUUGACCCCUGGGGCAGCGUGGUGGCCCAGUGCAGCGACGGCCCGGGCCUUUUCUACGCAGAGAUCGACCUUGAAUACCUGAAUCGUAUCCGGAAGGAGAUGCCGGUCUUCCGACACCGGCGGAACGACCUCUACGGGCGGGUGGCUCUUCGGCGUGAUUUUCCGUCUCCAUGAUGACAACUUUUGGAUGCCGUUGGAACGGUCAAGGAUGAUGAGACUCGGAAUCCAGCUCCCAAAAAGAUCAGGGGUGAUAGAACUUGGAAUCGAAGCGGUGGAUGCAGACAGCGGCCAACCACUAAUGUACAUCCUUCAUGAAAACUAUUUUCCAGAAGUAUUCACCACUCAACCUGCCAUGGCUCAAUGCUGUCAAGUCCAAGGAUGAUGGGAGUUGGAGUCCAGCAUUGCUAAAUCAAAUCAAAUUAUUGAUGGCACAUGAACAAUUGAAACUGAUUUUUGUCUAUCCGUUGUUGCAAAUAAAACGAGAAUUAAUGUAGCUUGAUGCCACUCAAACUAUGGAGCUCUGGGAGCUGUAGUUUUGCAAAUGUUGCAUCUACACACCGAGGAAUGAAUGCAGUUUGACUCUACUUGAGCUGCCAUGUCUGGCUCAAGGCUAGAGUCCUGGAAGCUAUAGUUUUGCAAGUGUUGCAUCUACACACACCAAGGAAUGAAUACAGUUUGAGCUUACUUUGAACCGCCAAGGCUUAAGGCUAUGGAAUCAAAGUAGAGUAGAGUCUCACUUAUCUAAGACUCAAUUAUCCAAGGUUCUGGAUUAUCCAAGGCAUUUUUGUAGUCAAUGUCUUCAAUAUAUCAUGAUAUUUUGGUGCUAAAUUCGUAAAUACAGUAAUUACAACAUAACAUGACUGCGUAUUGAACUUCUUUUUCUGUCAAAUUUGUUGUAUAACAUGAUGUUUUGGUGCUUCAUUUGUAAAACCAUAACCUAAUUUGAUGUUUAAUAGGCUUUUCCUUAAUCCCUCCUUAUUAUCCAAGAUAUUUGCUUAUCCAAGGUUCUGCCGGCCCGUUUAGCUUGGAUAAGUGAGACUUUACUGUAGUUGUAGUUUUUGGUAAAGAAGGCUAGACCUUGUAAAACUACAACUCUCUGGAUUCCAUAGCAUUGUUGUGAUCCCCGUCGAGCCAUGGGGAGAGGCAGGUAAGAAAUAAAAUGAUGAUGAUGAUGAUUAUUAUUAUUAUUAUUAUUGAGCCAUAGCAGAUCAAGUUGGAUCAAAACUGCAUUAAUUGUACAGUGUAGAAGCACCUGACAUCAAAGCGUUGUCCUAAAAGGGCAGUGCCAUUGAUUGUUCGGUCCUUCAAAGCAUUAAGAGAGAAAAAUUGGCAUAAUAAUAAUAAUAUGACGGUAAUGACAGUAGCAAUAAUACAGUAGAGUCUCACUUAUCCAACACUCGCUUAUCCUACGUUCUGGAUUAUCCAACGCAUUUUUGUAGUCAAGUGUUUGCAAUACAUCGCGAUAUUUUGGUGCUAAAUUUGUAAAUACAGUAAUUACUACAUAGCAUUACUGUGUAUUGAACCACUUUUUCUGUCAAAUUUGUUAUGUAACAUAAUGUUUUGGUGCUUAAUUUGUAAAAUCAUAACCUAAUUUGAUGUUUAAUAGGCUUUUCCUUAAUCUCUCCUUAUUAUCCAACAUAUUCGCUUAUCCAACAUUCUGCCGGCCCGUUUACGUUGGAUAAGUGAGACUCUAUUGUAAUUAUAAUUUCACGCCAUCCCUAAAACAAUGCCGUUGUUCUCCCCACCUCAUAUGACUCCAAACUAAGAUGGAAAUGACAAUAAUUGUGAAUAUUAUUAUUUCAUGCCAUGCCGGAAAUGAUGCUGUUGUUCUGCCCGUCUCGUAUGACUCCAAAUCCCAUUAUUUCUAAUGGGAAAUUUUGGCAACUAGGAAUUGUAGUCGAACACUGGUAAGUCAGUCUCACUUGACCAAAGCAACAUCUAUACGCAUAAUAAAAGUGAAAAUAUGUA